GUUUUUUAGUCAUGGAAUUUAUGGUCGUCUAAACAAUUGAUUUUAAAAAUAUAAAGAGUAAAAAUGAUUUUUAUCUAUAUUUUUACUCUCUUUAUUACAUUAUCAAAUAUUUAUUUAGUGAAUUGUGAUGGUGUUACUACUGUUCGGGUUAAUGAAGGUAAUACAGUGUUAUUAAUCUGUUCAUUUCAUAUAAAUGAUCAUCAUAAAAAAGAAAAUCUCAUACCAAUAUGGAAAUAUCCAAAUGAAGAAAAUAUUCAUGAUAGAAUCAAAGAAGAAAAUCUAUUUUUUAGAAAUAGUUUUUUUUCAUAUUUAGAAAUUAAAAAUGUAACAAAACCUGAUGAUGAAGGAAAAUAUAUUUGUACACUAUUUGAUAUUGAUAUAUUUUUAAUAGAAAAACAAUUUGAAUUGAUUGUAAUUGAUGAAGAAAUUAUGUAUGAUAGUGAUAUUGAUGAUGAAAAUAUCAAUGGAAACAAUUCAAAUAUCUAUAAUAAUAUGGUUGAUAAAAGAAUAAUCUCAUCAUUUAUUAAUAAGGAAUUCAAUAAUGUAACAGAAAAUGUCGAUUAUAAUUUUAUAAGAACAACAACUGAAUUAAAUAAAAUUAUUAAAAAUAAUGAUCGACCAACAAAUAAUAUUGGAGAAACAAGUAAUAAGGCAUUAGUUAUUUUAUGUGUUAUUGGUGUACUUAUUUUACAAUUUGGUGCUGUUGCAGUUUGCAUUUUCUUAAUAAGAAGAAAACGUAGAAGAAAUAUUAGAAAUCGAAAUAAUUAUCGUUAACAUAAGAAAAUCAAAAAAACAUUAUUUUAUGUCAUCCAUCAUUUUACCUAUAAACAGGGAAUCAAUUAAAACCCAACAAACAAAUAGUUUAUAAUUUAUAAUGUGUUUUGUAUAAAUUUAAUGAAAUUUUAUAAUUAAAAUUUAAUUAAUUUACGACAAUUCGAAUUUUAAACAAUUGGAAAGAGACUUCAUAUUUAAUGAAACAUAAUUAUUAAACGUAAUAUGUUACAGAGUCAGUUUUUUUCUUUAAAAAAAAAAAACAGAAAAUUGUAUUCUAUAAUAUU